ACUUCUCAUCGCGAUCUCUAUCUUUCCUUCCGCGACGUUCUGUACCGUUUUCUUGGGUCGAAUCCAAGCAUCGCACCAGCUUGAGCUGUGCAUUCCCUGCCAGGGACCGUUGAAUCAGAAGGCUGUUACAUCUUCUUCAUGUCACCGUCGUUGCUAGGUGCACUUUGCCCAGUAUCCUGGACGAUCUGGUGAUACCUUGAGAGUGUGCGACUCAAGGAAGAUUGUACAUCAAUAGCCCACCUCUCCUCUUCUUGAACAGGUCAGCAGCCCGUCGUCGCGAGUUGUUCACCGAUACAUUAUCUAUAUUCGUUUCCACUACAUUCUCUCACUGAACAUUUCCUUCAACGGGGGAUAUGCACGAUGGACCCCUCUAUUCCUGCACCGGAUCCGUCCCCGUUCCCUGAUCCAUCGAGGUUUUCACCCAUCAUUGAUGGCAACCAUGCUGGUUAUAUCUACAUCGCAACAAUCCUCUUCAUUGUAUAUACCGUACUCUCUUUGGUGGUGCGAGGUCAUAUCAAAUGGGGCUUGUAUGGUUUCGAUGACUGGACGAUCUUCGCCUCAACUAUCUUUCACGGCGCUCAAGUAGCUGCCAUCGCCUUGUCCUUGAAGUAUGGCUUAGGCAAAGUCCCAUCUUUGAUCCCUCCUGGCGAGGUUGAGCAAGCUGGAGUGGCGCUAUUCGCUUCCAAUAUUAUGUUCGUUGUUGCGCACUGCCUCUCCAAAUGUUCGGUGCUGUGUCUGAUCCUUCGACUCUUCACACGAGACAUGAAGAAGCUGUCCAUGGUCGCUGCUAUAACCAUUACCUUAGCUAUCGCGUGGGGGGCCGGCUCAAUCGUUGCGUUAUCUGUGGCAUGCGAUCCUAAGUCUUUAUUGACUGAUCUAACUGAUGCGAAAUGUCCAUCACAGCUCUUGAGGUGGCGGCUAGUCAUUGGAGUUGACAUUGCGAUUGAGAUAAUCCUCCUCGUUUUGCCUACCUGGCUCAUUCUCCCGCUGCAAAUGAGCUGGGAGCGAAGGUUCCAAGUCAUCUUCGCGUUCUGGCUACGCAUCCCCGUAAUUGCCUUCACCGCCUUGAAGCUCUACUUUUUCCUUCCGACCGUCAGCUCUCCAGUCCCCAGUUUCACCAUAUCUUCCGCCAUUGUCUGGACGCAAUUCCUCCUCUGCUGGUCACUUAUGGCAGCCAGCAUUCCCAACCUCAAGACCUUCAUGCGGUCCUUCAACUCGGGCUUUGGGCUUGAGAUCGCCGGGCUCACCUACGGAUAUGGCUCGCGAAACUACGAGAUGAACUCCCUGCAUACUGGCAGCGGCCACAAAAGCCGAGAGCAGACGUUGAAUCGGAGCCACGCCGACAGCACCGCUGACAGGCUGAGAACUGACGCACUGCAAACCACGACGAGCAUUUAUGGGAAGGGGGCGUCAACGGAAGGGGAGGAGAGUAGCGUGACGAGUGGAAAUAGUCAGGAGAUGAUCAUCCGCCGGGACGUUCAGUGGACCGUCUCAUAUAAUCGGCCUCACUAGAUGAGGGAUUCUGAUCUUGCCAUCGAUUUCAAGUUGUAUCUCAGCGUAUUGGUGUCACAGGAUGAGCGUUCUAGCUGGUACAGUUUUUGGACACUUGUAUUAUGUAUAUAUGAUGGUCAUGUGCUUCCUCUUAGUUGGCUCUAUGACUGGCGUUACACGGAUGGCGAACCCCUCGGUGUACCACAUAUCAAAAGAGUGGAAAAGUAUGGAUUGAAGAUUUCGACUGUACGCUACAAAUCCGGAUAGAGAUAGAGAUAGAGCGCCG